GCAGCGUUUCCCGCCGAUCGCGCGAGAAGAGUUGGUGUGAUUGCAGGUUAUAUCGCUGGGUUUCUCAGGGAGAAAUUAUUUUGCAGAGAAGCAUUUAUUUCGAGUUAUAUGUUUUAAAGAAAAAAAAAACAAACAAACGAUCCAAUUGGUUUGUAAGAAGAAUCUGAUCAUGACAAUUGUGGUUCUGCGUUUGCAAGGUUUGCACACAGAGGCAGGAUCUGAAGAUAUUCGCAGAUUUUUUCAUGGCUUGAACAUUCCAGGGGGUGGUGUUCAUAUCACUGGGGGCGAGAUGGGUGAAGCUUUCAUUAUUUUCAAUACAGAAAGAGAAGGCCAACUUGCCAUGCGCUACUCUGGAAAACAUCUCAGAGGCUCCUCUAUUUCACUAUAUGUCAGCAGUUUAGCUGAGUUGAAGCAUAGCAUGCAGUCAAUGUUAAAGAGAGCAAAGUCCAAUACAGAGUUGACUAAAACAGUGCCAUUGCCAUCAUCUUCACCAGACACCAAUGCACCUCAAGUGAUAAACCAUCAAAGCCCAGCUUUAAAUCAAAUGCCCAAGGACUUCAACCAAACUAUUCAAGACAAGCAACAGUCUAGACCCGACGACCAAAAAACUGCAGCUUUUACUCAACCCGUAAAACUUACUCAUGACUUGACUUUUAAGGAGCAACAAAGCAGAAAGAUCAGUUCCUGUAAGCCAGGCUACCUUCGGCUUUAUGGAUUCCCUGACUCCGCUGACAAACAAGAGGUUCUUCAUUUCCUGCGAGGACUCUCAGUGUUGGAGGUUUUUAUGAAAGUUCGCUUGCAACUGGGCUGGUGCUGCCUGGCGAAGGUGUCCAGUUUUGCAGAGGCUGAGGAAGGGUUGAAAUACAGCCAGAGAAAAUUCAAAGAAUUUAACAUUGAGGUUCGACUCGCCCAUGAGAAGAUGUGGAAUGAUGCUGUGGAGCAAUCCAAAAAUUGCAUGAACAACAUGGAAUCUUGCAGUUUUUCAGAGCAAAAGAAAACCAUCACAGAUAGAAAUGCUUGUAGAGCUUUCUCAAGCAAAAGAAGUGCAGAGGAGCAGCCCUUACCAGGAUCUCCUAAACGAUACUGUCAAAAACCCCCAUCCCCUCAAACAGAACUUUAUGUUGUGGUCAAUAACCUUUCAAAGAAUAUAACCAAGACAGAGAUCAAGAACAUUUUUGGCUGCCAUGAAAUCCCAAACAGUCGAAUUAAACACUUACUAAACAAAUGGAGAGAGCGGACAAGCACAGCGUUCAUUAACUUUGUCCAUGCAGAAGACUACGCUUCAGCUCUGAACAUGAAUGGCACCAUGAUUGGCUUAAAGAACAUUGAAGUGUCAUCCAUUACUAAGGAAGAAAUGUUUGCUAUUCUGAGAAGGAACAGAUGUACUAAGAUCUGGAGACCGUAUCCUUAUGGAAAAGCUCACUUUGCCAUGUCAUGUGUAUAUGCUCGCAAUUUUCCUGCAGAUGUCAUGAAAACGGAGGUGAGAGAUUUUUUCAUGCGCUUUAACAUCUGUGAAAAGGAUAUCGCAUUGAUGGUGGACAGCCAGGGCAAAGGUGUUGGGGAGGCCAUCGUGCAGUUUGGAUGUGAGGAAAUUGCCAGACAGGCGCAGAGUUUACACGGGAAGUAUUUUAUGGGAGCUAAAAUUCUGCUCACUUGUAUCACACAUCAACAGAUGGAGAAGAUACUUGGCACACGGUGAACAUUUGGAGGCGCUUCCUGCUUCUUCAGACACGAGCAAUAAUGUAAAAUCCAUGUAAAUGAGGACCACCAACUAACUCAUCAUUGUCCUUAAGCAUUUGAAAACUCACAAUGAGCUUUAUAGGCCAAAUGGCUCGGUCAUUAGCUCUGGGAUCUAUGCAUGAAGAAUUUUGGCGAAGAUUGGCAAACUUUUUUUUUUUUUUUUUUUUUUUUGCCUGCAACAAUGGAAGAUGACUGACAAAGACUUUGAAUAUUACAGUGGACAUGGAAGCACUGAGUUAAAGACUUAUUUUCAUGCAGUGGUUGUCAAACUAUUAAGGACUCAACUGUUUAGGAUUAAUCUAAUUUUCAAUGAUCCAAAAAUAAAGUAAAUAAUGCACAGAACCUUUGCACAUAAAAAAUAGUCACUAUAUUUAGCACUUUUUGCCUUGUUUCAUGGUUUUCAUUAGAGUUAGCUGUUAAGCAAACACACAGCUAAUUGGUUUCUGUGAAAAACUGAAAUACAAGAUCUUGUCUUGCACAUUAGUAUUUGAGUUAUUUUGAUUCAGAUUUUUUCUUUAUUAGAAGGAAUAUAUAUUACAAAGAACAUUCCUAAUGACGUUUCAGGCAGUCAAAGUGUUUGUCACUGUAUCUGUAUGAUAGCCAUUUUUGUGAUUUUGCAUUUUUGUAUGUGUUCCUAUCUGACUACAACAACCAUUUGGAGUUGUUUCUAAUGUCUGAGUGACCUGAUGAAUGUAUGUUUGUCAAAUGUGUAUUUUUGUAAUACACAUAUUGUAAUAAAACCAAAAUUGAAAUCACUUUGUGUUCACAGUGACUGUUUUUAUCUGAAAUGUUUAGUAAAAUUGCAAGACUGAAGGCAAGCAUGAAGAUCAGCUGCAACUAGGGCAAAACAAUUUGGACAAAAAAAAUGUAAUUGCGAUUUUGAAAAAUAUUGCGAUUUGAUAAUUAACAAAAAAAAUAGGUGUUUUUUUUUGACCAAAAUUUUGUUGCUCUACUGAUAAUAGAAAUACUGUUCAAGAAAGGGUGUGCAACAUAUUGUGCAUUUUCUUAUCACUGUGAAAGAAAUUAUAGUAGGUAUAUUAAAACAUUAUUGCUGUAUAACAUACUUUCAGCUAGAAAUUGCAGUAUGAGAGCAGUCCUAUAUUGUGCUUAUGAGCUGAAAUAGAUCACCAUUUUGUUUUUUAAGCAAAAGAUAAUAUCUCCUUGUUAUAACAAACAUACUGCUGAAGUCUGAUCAUAUGACAACUUGUUUGCUCAAGGCUAUAUACAAUACAUCCCUAACAAACAUUUUGCUGAGUUCAUAUCAUAUGAGAAAUCUACUGAGGUCAAAUCACAUGUAACCUGUUAACAAGGAACUAUACAUAAGUAUAUCCUAUAGGAGCAGUCAAAACAAGGCUGCUUCAUAAAACACUACAAUAAUGUCUAUGCUCUGAGACAAUUUCAUUAUAAUGUAGGAAAACAUGUUUGGAUGAUUCAACAAAAAGUUUAUUGACUAUGUUGCCUGUGUGAGCAUCCAAGAAAAACAACAAUUAAAAAAAUAAUCUUGGGGUGCUUCUUUUAAUCAAUAUUGUCAUCUGCUUGAAGAAUACCAUUUUACUUGUAUUGUUGCAAGUGUGCCCUACUACACCAUAUCCAAUUUUAAGCAAGUAAAGGAUAUCAAAAGUUCAAUAUACUAAUGAAAAGCCUGGAACCUAUUGGAGUUCAGUGAGAUUUAGAAGAUCAUGUAGGUGCUAAAAGUGAUGGAGAUGGUUCAUUCAGACAACUGGACAACCUAAAUUCUGAAGUGAGGACAUCUUCAAGAGGGAUAUAGAAAUUGCAUAUACAAAUGAUAAGAAACUGGCUUUUAAUUAUCAAUUCAUUUUAAAUGUUAUGGCAACAGACCUUCAUAAACAAGCACUCGCAAUAAAUGAGGAUUUCAAUGCCUUCACUUACAGACAGUUUAAUUUCUAAUUUAUGUCGAAGCUUGUGUUGCUAUCAAAAAGCACAAGUAACAAUUUAUUAAUUAAUUUAGCUGAAAAUGUCUGAGAUGGGGAAAAAUAAACAUUAAAACGUAAACACGUAUACAUUGUAAAAACAAAGAAGCCUAAAAGUCGAGAAAGGAAGUGUUUGGUCAUGAACAAAGAGAAGAAAGUCAUGUCAAAUAUUGCUAAAGAUGGGUCGCAUCCAGUCUUGACUGAAUUCUCAUCAGAUGAAUGUUCAGUUGUAGUAUCUUGAUGGACCUGUCAAGGUAGAGGAAAGCCUAAAUUUUAUAUAUUUACAAUUACAAGGACAGACACACUGAAAAAUCUACAGAAGUUUCAGGGAGAUGGAGCAUGCACUCUAUGUAAAAACUCUAACAUAUUCAAAAAAUAAAUAAUUUAUAUUAAUUAUGAAAUAAGUAUUAAUUAUAACCUCACAUUUCAAUACUUAUUAAUUCACAAUUUUAUUUAUUGUAGUCUCCUAUUUUCAGCCUCUGUGCUUUUCUCUAUUUCCAGCUAACUUGGUUGAAAUAAAGGUCAACAGCACCAAAAAAAUUAUUUGUUAUUCAGUUGAAGUGAUGACAUUUUUGUCUAUAGUUCACCACUUAUAACAAACCUCAGUAAAACAGUAAAUUAUACCACAUGCCCUUUUUUCACUAGAUAAAAUAAGUGGAUGAAUUAUAAUCUUUGGCUUCAACCAUGAAGGGAUCAAGUAAGAUUGAAUAACACAGUGUUUGUUUUUUUACACUUGGCAUACACUGAUCAGCCACAACAUUAAAA